UAUUGUAUAUUAACAGAUUUGGCCAACAACAUUUUUUUAAAUUAGUGCCCUCCAUGGCUGAUGGUGGAGAAUUACAAAAAGUUUUUGAACUGUGUGGCCCUGAUGAAGAAGGAUAUAUAUUAACCGAUUUUUUAGCAGAUAAAUUAGCGGAGCAAUUGGAUAACCAGGAUUUGGAUACAAUCAAGGGUGUGUUAGAUCCAAAAAGGAGAGGAAAAAUAUCUUUUGAUCAAUUUAAAACUGCGAUAACUGAGAUUCAAGAAUCUUCUGAUCAAGUUACAAGUUUGCCUGAACCUUCUGCUGACUACAGAAUAAAUGGCAGCGGAUUGACUGAAGAUAUAGAACAUUGUUCACUAGACAAACUUAUAGACAAUGACGAGAAAAUCAGGCACGGUAGUCCAGGUCCAGAAAGCUCGUUUCAGCCGAAAACGAGUACCCCAUAUUAUAAAGACGACGAAGCAUCCAUUUCAGAUCCUGAAAAUACAUACAACGAGUACGACGUUCCAGACUGUGACGACAUGGCACAUUCAGUCAAUGGAGAUGAUUUCAUGGAAAGCUUUGAAGCUGUAGGUGAAUCACCUAAUGGAUUUAAAAGUCGAAGAAAUCCAGAACAUCUCAGUUUACCCCAGGAAUCCAACUUCAGGAGGCAUGGCAGCAUGAGAAGAAGUCACAGAAGAGCACAUAGCCUGACUAUGCGUGGUGCAUCACCGGGACUUGUGUCAGAUGAUCCGAGUUUACUCGAUGAAACAUCAUCUGUCACCUCAGAUUUAGAAGAUCUAUCAGAAAAAGUCGACAUACUACAAGACCAUGUUGCAAAAUUGACGGAAGAGAAAAAACUGCAGGCACAAUAUGAAGCUGUAAAUAAUGAAAAACAGCAGCUUAUACUCAGAAAUCAUGAACUCGAAGAACGUUUGGUCAAUUCUGAGGAAAAAGUGAAUUAUCUUAGAAAAGAUUCCGAACUUAAGUUGGAAGAUUUGAGAACGAAAUUAACAAGGGAACACCAGCUGGUUUUGGAAGUUUUGCAGGGAAAAUUAAAUAGUUCUGAAAAUGAAUAUAACCGCUUAACUUGCGAAUUUGGUGAAGUAAAGGCUUUAUUGAAUCAAAUGAAAGAAGAAAAUAUUUUGUUGCAAACUAAAGUGGAAGGACUUACUUCUCAGGUUAUGCAAACAAACGAGGAAUACAGGAGAUUAAAUAACCAGUUCAAUGCAAACAGAGAACGAGCUGAGGAAGAUAAAGCAGAUUUACAAGACAUGAAUGAGAAAUUGAGAAUUGACUUGGAGGAGACAAUGGCAGAUAAAAAUGCCCUUGUCGAAAGAUUAAACAGCAUGGAUUUAUCUCAGUCUCCAAGUGCCGCUAUGCUAUCUGCUAAACUUUCAAACUUGGAGAUGGAAAAUGAGAGAUUAAAAAAUGCAAAUGACGAUUUGAAUGUUCAACUUGCACGAAAUAUUGUCGAUGCAAGGACAUUGAUGGGUAGUGCACCCGUAGAUUCAAUCGCAGAUGAAAUGGCCUCUGCCACGAGAGAUGAGGUUGUUGAAGCCUUACAGAAAACAGAGCAUGAGAAUGCGCAGCUAAGGCAAUAUUUGGACAAAAUUAUCCUAAGCGUACUAGAAAAAGAUCCAAGCAUUUUAGAGAUUAAAUAAAUUUUUAUUUUAGUUCCUUAGUGUUUGUUUAAUUUCUGAUCUUUUGAAUUCAUCAUGUUUUUGUAUUUUUUAAAUUUCUGUUUUGAUUUUUUUUAAACAUAUAAUUUAUUGUCAUUAUACAGUAUUCAAACAAUUUUAUCAACUUUUCCUUAGCUAUAGCUUCACAGAAAUGCCAAUCUCUUGGAGUAAAUAUAAAAACUAUUUUUGGUUGUAUGACUUUGAAAGACCCUAAUUUUGCAUGAUUGUCACAUUUGAUAAGGUAUUUAUUUUUGUACUGCAGCAAAGAAAUAAACAUCAAUUAUUCAUUUUGUAUACCCACUGAGCAAAAGCAAUAUAAACUCAAAGCUAUAAUAUAUAAUUUAAAGCCCAAUAAAUAUGUGCUAUUAGGGCACGCCCAUGUACUUUUGUAUCAAAGAAUGGUUACAUGAUCAUAAAUUUUCAAUAAUGUCAUUAUGACAUCACAACACUAUUUGGUAAAACCCAAAUUGUUUUCUCUACUUGCUUAUGUCAGGACUUUUCUCUUGCGUAAGCAUUGCAUCUUUGCAUUGUACGUCAUGUUAAUCCCAACAAUAGCCUGGGGUGCUUUACACUCUUCACAAAUUUUAUGAACGAAAAUGAAACUUUCUUCAUACAAUAGGACGCAUUACGAGAUUAUAAACACCAUUUUUUAUUAUGAAUUACAUUAUACAUCCCAUUUUUUUUUUUUUUUUUUUUUUAUUUAAAUUCAGUGUGUGUGCAUUAUGUGUUUUAUACCUUUUAGAAGUAGUUGUAUUGUGUCAAUCCUUCCGCAAAUUGGAUUUUUUUAAUGAUUAUAUAAUGACCGAUUUAAACCUAUUAAUUAAUUAAGGUAACCCCACCUUGUAAUGUACAAAUUCACAAACCACAAUCCAUUAGAUAUGGUAUUGGCUGUGUGAUGGAAAUGGUACACUGACUUGACUUCUUAUGAGUUAUCAGAUGAAAUACACGUAAUGCCAUUUAAUACCUAUAUAUUCAGAUUGUGAAUUUGUUUCUAAAAAUAAAUCUUUUCUCUGUCUCGUUUGACGCUAUAUCGCUCUCGAAUUCAUAAUACAGCUUGUUUGUUUUGUCAAUAAUACAAAGCGUUUUUGUUAAUCAGUAUUCUAGUAACACGUUUCUAUUGUUUACUUUGCUAUGCGGUACUAAACGAGGCUUAUUUUCUCAAUCGAUUGUAAAAGUCAUAUGAUUUUAUAUUUGUUGAAAGAAUGAAAUGAAAUUUGGUGCUAUGCUUCAAUUUAUCAAUACAUUUUUUUUUUACCAAGAACACUAAAUUACUAUGAUUCAUCAAUAUUGUAUAUGUCAUUUCUAAGAAGCAUUGUAACCAUAAUAAUAGAAUUGUACAAUCAGUAUUUGAUGAAGUCAUGGCAGAUUUAAGGUACAUCAACCUUUGAUUUUUGUGAUGCUCUUGAAAUCAUUAUGAUGUUAUUUUGAAAUUAUAUAUUAUAGUCCAUGAAACAUAAUUUUCUUUAUAAUGUUUUAGGAAUAACAAUACACCAACUAUAGAGGUAGAGAAUUCACAAAGUUAUGUUAACAUGGUGUGAUACAAACUUUUCAGCAUGAUUAAAACUCACUUAGGAAUUUUUUUGAGCUUUAUGAAUGGUACUUCACUUGUGCACUUCAUUCUUACUGAAGUAGAGGCAGGAUCCACGAGGUUAUCGGCCAUUGAAUUUCAUACUUGAGUGUGCCAUGUUUUGUGUUUGUAGUAAAAGCUCACAACUGAAAUUUCCUCAGAAGUGCUCUUUUAAUUUUGCCCUGUACUUGUCAUUGUCAUAACAAAGUCAACCUACUUACAAAACUAUCCUUAUGCUGCCUGUUAAUUCAUCAUAGGUUGAGAUUAAGAAAUGGUCCAUAUAGUGACCAAAUAGAGGUAUUGUCCACUUUGGGAAAUUUGACAUGAAAAAAAAAACAUUUUUUGAUUCAUUUUGCCGAAGACAAAUAAUUUUUUAGAAAUAGCUCUCUUUUUCGUAGAAUGUAGGUAGUAUGUUUUAAUAUUUACUGGUAAUGGCAUAUGACGUCAGUACUGAUGCUGUCCAAGAGUUGCUAAAUUAUUAGCAGAAAUCAAUAUGCUUGCCACCAUUUUAACGCUUGCUAAUAGUAUAUUCAGUUCUCAAAAUUCAGCAUUCAAGCUUUAUACUUUUCAUAUUGAUAUCAAUCAAUUGAUAUUGAGUUCGGACUGUUCAUUGCAGUAUCAAUUCAUAAUUCUUCGUGUCAAAGCCACUCUAAAUAAAUAAUUUAACAUGGAUCAAGUUGUUUUCAAAGAGCUGAAUAAAUUAUGUAGUAGAAUCGUCUUUUAACUUUUUUAUUUGAAAGAAACUGUCUUUUCUCAUAUACAGUUCUACAUUCGCGCAUUGUUGACUUUCCAAUUCACCAUGAAAUAUUGAUGGGACCCAGUCACUGUUAUAGGAGGCUACUUUAAAAACUGAACAUUAUAAUAUAGAUUACACUCAUAUUAUUGAUGUGUUUCUAAUGGUUAUAAGUUUUGUCUUGUGUAGAUGUAAAUGUGGCCUUUCCUCAAUUGUUUUAUGUAAUACUAAUAAUGAUUCUUCGUUACCAACUGACCUCAACAAAGUAAUGAAAAAAAAAAAUCUUUAAUUUCGAUGAUCAUGUUUGUGUCGCAGUACUGUAAUUGUUGAACUAUGACCUUAUAGGAAUAACAAUCUAAUUAAGGACUGGUAUAUCCCCAUUGUUCCAGUGGGUUUACAAAGAUUUGCUCUUAUAUCUUACUCACAAUGUCAUAAAUUUGGGUGUAGCGUGUAAUUACCAUUUACAGCUCGUGUAACAUAUCAUUUAUUACCAGCCUUCUGUCAACAAUAAUACAUGGAUGUAUAAAUCACAGAUCUCCUUCUUAAGAGGUUUUUAUUCCCAGAUAAUCUCUUCAUGAACUUGCAUUUGCUUUUACGAUAUAGCGUUUGAUCAUUGAUCCAUGAGGGUAGGAAUCAAUAAAUAUUAAUUGUGAACUCAUGCUUGGUACUAUUAUAUUGAUUAGUAUAUUGUGGAUAUUUAUUGGUUCUGAUAUAAUGCAUUUGGACAUUUUUACCUUGUGAUUGGCUUCUCCCAAAUUCUCACUUUUGUGCCAAAGUGUUAUUGAUUGUUAGAAUACUAUUUCGCUGAAUCAAAAUUAAAUACCUAACAUUUUGAAGCGAAUAAGCUGAGACAUUUUCAAUCCUUGUAUGCCAAUUAUAACUGGGAUGCAGAUAAUAAAUUCAUAUUUAAUUAUUAAUCCGAAAUACAGCACUAAAUUAUUUUUCCAUGAAUUUUUGUUUUGCCAUAUUCCAUUCCAACUAUAGUCAUUGGUGAAUACAAUGAUAUGUUAUUAAUGUAACUGGCAAUACUCUCAGCCUACAUUUAUUAUCGAAUUUGUAUUGUUAUAUGUGCAUGAUAUUUUCAUUUUAUCAACAUUGAAAGAACUUUCAAAAUUUUUAACUUAUAUCUUAAAAAUGUAAGAUAUACAAGCUGGUUGAAAAUUUAUUGGUAUACAAUGCUGUUUAAUAGUCUAUUUUUCAACUGUGAGUUUUGUUCGUUGGUUUUUCAUUUCAUACGAAUACAUUAAAAAUUUCCUUAUCUUGGUCAGAAUUAAUUUUUGUAAACUUGAUUAAUGAAUACGAUACAAAUAUGUUCUGACUGGGAUUGUUUUUAUUGUACUCAACAUUUUUCUACUUGAUGCAUGAUGUAAUAUCAACAAGUUUCAUAUCAAUAUUUGCAAUAUCACUGUGAUCGCUGACCACAAUUGUUGGCGACUUUGCUUGAACUAUCACCUUGUUUGCAAUUGUUCACUGUUCAAGUAUGAUUGAUUUUGCCUGAAAUUGUAAUCUGUGCUUGGCCGUUUUCGUCUUCAUAUUUCCCAACUUUUGGAUAUGAAAUUAUUCUAAUAUCAAACUGCAUUAUACUCUAUGAUGGGAUUGUUUGAAAUUGUAAGUUUCAAAAUCAUUUUUAUUUCAAUCUAUGAAUAAUCAGUGACAUCAAAUAUUUUGAAUGUUAUUUCAUUUAUGACAAACUCAUUAACCACCCAUUACUCAAGUCUAAAGCGGACUGAGGGUAUUUAUAAAACCUGAUCGCAAUUCUCUGAAAACAAACAAUCUGAUCAAUAUUCUUAAACAUAUCUUGAGUUUAAUUAUAAUUUGUAUCUUGGCGACUGUUAUUUAAAAAUAUCACAUUUUACAGCUUAGAAAAUAAUUGUUACAUUGAUUUUCAAUACUUUAUGUAAGAUCAUGUGCAAACCUUUAUCACACCAAAGUUCUCUGCACAACUGUUAAAACAAUUUUUUGCAGGCAGUGGAAAAGUUGUAUUUCCUUAACGUUUGCUAAACCAAUAGAGAUAGAGUAGCUACCAAUUAGCAUUGUGUGGUGUGAUUUUGAAAAUAAAAAGCAGUUAUUUUUGUGUAA